AUGGGACUGUCCCCCCCUGCUAAUUAGUCUGUGGACGUUACUGAUAGCGAGAAUUGUUUUUUUUUACGGUUUUGUUGAUAUAAAAAUAUAUUAAACUUGUGUGACGUGAAAUUUCAGUUACUCUACCAACUCAAGAUGCUGGAAGUAUGCAUAGAUAGUCUGGAGUCCGCGUUGAAUGCGAUACACGGUGGAGCUGACGAACUCGAACUGUGUAGUUCCUUAGCUGAAGGCGGGUUAACGCCAUCUGUGGGCUUGGUCAAGGAAGUCACGUCUGUGGUAAGCAGAAUCGGCACAGGCUCAACUAUAUAUCAAACAUGCCGAAAACAUUGCGUUUGUCAGGCUUUAAUGAAGAAACCGAAAAUAAAUGUGAUGAUCCGAUGCCGCACAGGUUCCGAUUUUUGCUAUACAUCACAAGAAAUGGACACAAUGCUAGCUGACGUGGAUAUUCUAAAACAAAUGAAAGUCGACAGAUUCGUUUUUGGCGCACUCACUGAGACACAAGACGUAGACGAAGCAAAAUGCGCUAUUAUCGUAGCAAUGGCAAAGCCGAUACCUUUAACUUUUCACCGAGCAUACGACGUUACCAAAGAUCCAGUUGUUUCUAUCAAUAAAAUUAUUCAGCUCGGUUUCGGCAGACUCCUCACGAGCGGGCAAAGAAAAUCUGCUGACAAUGCCGAAGCCAUAGAAUUGAUAAAGAGUUUGCAAGAUUCGUUGGGCGAUCAAAUCGUCAUUAUGCCCGGUGCUGGCGUAAAUUCAGAGAACGCUAAAUUGUUCGUCGAUUUGGGAUGCAAAAUUGUCCACAGCUCAUGUAAGGCUAUGAAGGUUUUACCUAAAAUAGAAAAUCAUUUAAAUAUGGGCACAGGUGAAAGCGAGUGUUUUUAUGUAACAGAUGAAAAUGUUGUAAAGAAAACGAAGCAAGCAUUAGAACAGUAAUCAUAGACUGCAAUAUUUGUAAAUCAAUAAGUAUAUUUCGAGAAUGAAAUAAUUGUAUUCUUUGUUAACAAUACUUACUUUUAAAUACAUUUUGAAAUUAAAUAAGUUAAGUUAUUUAAAAGUUACGUAAUAGUUUCACAAUAUGGAGUAAGCACCAAAAUAAAUCUUAUAUAAAC